UCCAAAUUUCUGUAAGUCCUCGUCUGGUCGACAAGCUUGGUUCCGCGAAACCUCCAGUCCCCAACCCAUAACCCCCCAAUUUCCCCAAUCAAUCUUCUUCCCUUUCUCUUGUAGUCUCCGUCUCUCUUUGACUCUCCAUGGAUUAGGGUUUCUUCUUUCCCUUUCUCCUUCUCCUUCGUUUGGUGUUUCAUUCGAUUCCGACUAAAUCCCGAAUCCUCUCGGAUUCUCAAAUCUCGUCUCGAUGCGAAUAACCGGUGGGAUUUCUGCUUUCUCUUUCCCGAGGAGUUUCACACCCUGAACUGACCCGAAUCUCUGCCCGAUUUUUGAAUUGGGUUCCCCAUGUCGAGCGCUCCUUGCUCUUCCUCGUCUCUCCUGUGGCACCGACCCUCUCUCUCUGCUUCGCGCGCUAAAUUUAGGGUUCCGGGUCGAAGAACUGGGUUCGCUUCUGCUUUGACACGGACUUCCCCAAUCUCUGCUUCGAGUUUUAGGUCCGCAAAGCACAAAUGGAAGAUUGUGUGCUUCAGAAAUGAGGAUGGUGCUCCCGAGAAUUCUGAGCUGGAGCAUUUUGUGCCAGAGGAAUUAGUGAAGCCAGGUCAAGAUCAUCCAUGCACCAGUAGUAGUAGAGAUUUGAAGACAACUCUUCAAAAGGCUGCAGAUGCAGUGUUGAAGGCCAUUGGUAGCCGUUGGACAGUACCAUGGACUGCUGAGACAAUCGCACAGGUGAUGCUUCUAUGGGUAGCUGCAUUUUGGUUUAUUGGGUCAUGGAUGAUCCCGUUUGCAGCCCAUGUAUCGGGUUUCCACAAGGAUUCCCUAACAUUUAGAGGGCAAGCCUUAUUCAGCCUCAUAACUGACGUGACAGAGGGCUUGGCUGGAAUCGCUAUCCUCCACCGUUGCCUCUCCCCGUUCCGUCCCCUCCCACAGGACUGGUUCAGGUUCACCCUCAAGGGAAACUGGCAGCUGGACAUCAUCCUAGGUUGUUUCAUGUUCCCACUCGUCAACCGUAUCUCGCAGUUCAACCUAAACCUGUUGCCCCUCCCGGCCCCGUCUAGCCCCGUGACGUUAUCCAGCGUGGAGCAGUCGAUCAUGGCUCGGGACCCGGUGGCGAUGGCUCUGUAUGCAGUGGUGGUAUCGGUGUGUGCUCCGGUCUGGGAGGAGAUAGUGUUCAGAGGGUUUCUGUUGCCAUCGCUGACAAAGUACAUGCCAGUGUGGUGCGCGAUCUUGGUGAGUGCGUUUGCGUUUGCGUUGGCGCAUUUCAACGUUCAGCGUUUGCUGCCGCUGGUGUUUCUGGGUGUGGUGAUGGGUCUUAUAUUCGCGAGGUCCAGAAACUUGUUACCUUCGAUGCUUUUGCACAGCUUGUGGAACGGUUUUGUCUUCUUGGAGCUCAUGCGUUGAUCCCCCAACAAAUUUCAUGGUGGUCAUGAUUUGAUUAUAUAUUUCUUCAUGCUA